AUGAUUUAUCGUCAUACACAAUUGAUGUUGAUUCUGUUGUGCGCUGCACAUUUAUAUGCUCAAAUCGAAGGAGAGAAUAAUUUGAAACUUAUCAUUUCUAUGCCACCAGUGAAAACAACAUACCCAGACCAAUACAUCUGUUAUGCACAUCGACUGGAUUCUGUGGGCGACAUCUAUGUCCUGAGCUCUAAGACUGAAGCAGACAGAUCAGCAGUCCAUCAUGUAGCAACAGGAGUAUGUGAGGAACCUAUGCAUACUGACAGAACAUGGGAUUGCACGCGAGACCAAGGGCAUUUAUGCAAAGGCGAAGCUGUCAAUUUCGGUGGAUGGGAUGAAUUCACUAAGAAAAACGGAAUUUUCAAAUUUCCAGAAGAUGUUUCAUUUAGAGUAGGAAACAACACAAAACUGAGGUAUUUCAUGAUUGAAAUCCACUUUAUGGAUCCUGUCCAGGAUCUCAAGCCGCCUGUCGCAAACAUAACCCUAGACUUUGUCCAAAUCCCAUCCCCUCUACGUUACCAGACAUACUCAUUUUUGAAUUCCGGGGUAAUUCCUGCAAAACGCAAAAACGGUUUCUUCUCUGAAAUAGCAUGCGCGUGGACACGACCUAAUGCAUUUGCAUUCAGAUAUUAUCUACAUACGCACCAUUAUGGGUAUCUGGUCGAAGGAUUUCUGGUUAGAAAUAGCACGUGGACACUGAUUGGUAGUCAACUAUCUAUGGACAAAGAAAAGGACUUGUAUGACAUUCCAGGAGGCCCUAUUGAAAUAACGCAAGGCGAUGUUCUGGUCGCUCGUUGUCUCUACAUUAAUAACAAAGAUGAACCCGUCAAAUUUGGAAUGAGUGAGGAGGAGGAGAUGUGCAAUUUCCAAAUCGACAUUGGCUUUCGGCCCCAGGACGCUGAUCACUUCGAACGGCCUCCUGCAUGCUCCGCACCUUCCCCGGGCUUUAGAUUAUGUGACCAUCCACAAACGAGUGGAAUUUGUUAG